CUCGUCUUCGUGGUGCGCCAAACCUCUUCUUCUCUUUCUUUACCCUCUCUCAAUUCCAAGUGGGGUUUAUCUUUUUUUUUUUUUUCUCUCUCUCUCUCUCUCCAAAAGUGUUAAAAUUUUAACUUUGGUUUGCCUUAAUUUGAUUGUUUUAUGUAGAGUAGAGGGUAGAGUUAGAGACCCUUUUGGAAGAGGAGGUGGCUUUUGAGGGAAAGGAGGGAACUUUUAGUGUGGGAGGGUGGAAACUGGAAUUGGGUUUGGUUGGGGGUAAAGAGAAUGAAGAUUCAGUGUAACGUGUGUGAGGCUGCGGAGGCCAAGGUUCUGUGUUGUGCUGACGAGGCUGCGCUGUGUUGGGAGUGUGAUGAGAAGGUUCAUGCGGCUAACAAGCUUGCCAGCAAGCACCAGAGAGUGCCUCUUUCUACCUCUUCCUCUCAUAUGCCCAAAUGUGACAUUUGUCAGGAAGCAUUAGGCUAUUUUUUCUGUCUAGAAGAUCGGGCUCUGCUCUGCAGAAAAUGUGAUGUGGCAAUACACACUGCAAAUGCUUAUGUCUCUGGUCAUCAGAGGUUUCUUCUCACUGGUGUAAGAGUAGGCCUUGAAGCUAUAGACCCUGGUGCUUCCUUAACUUCUUUGAAGUCAGAUUCUGGGGAGAAAGUUUCAGAUACAAAGUCUUCUUCUGUCUCUAGAAAGGUUUCCACAGUGCCCCAGCCAUCAAAUUACAAUGAAGUGCUACCCAUUGAAGUUGGAGGAGUAGGGGAGUUUCCACCAGCCAAGGUGUCUUUUGGUGGUGGUUCUACAGAUGGAAAUAUCUCACAGUGGACUAUUGAUGAAUUUAUUGGCUUAAACGAGUUCAGUCAGCAUUAUGAUUACAUGGAAGGAUCAUCAAGGGCCGAUGGUGGUAAGCUUGGGGAUUCUGAUUCUCCUGUUUUAAAGUCUGGUGAAGAGGAUAUGGAGGAGGAGGAUGACUAUUUGGAACGUGUUCCAGAUUCGUCGUGGACAGUUCCUCAGAUCCCUUCCCCACCUACUGCUUCUGGGUUAUGCUGGCCAAAAGACCCUCAAUAUUCAUCUGAUAGUGUUCUGUUUGUUCCUGACAUAAGCUUCUCUCUCAUUCAACAAUCUCAGAUUAGUAGUAUUUGUUUGAGACGCUGGAGGCAGCUUUAAUUUGUUUACUCUUUGCUAAUAACUUAGAGGCAUUGAUUAUUCCUUUUAUUUUUGGUAUGAUUAUAAGUUCUCUCAUGUUGCAGUGGAAGUUUCAUUUGAUUAGUUACAUUUUCUAUUCUUGGCUGUCUCAGUUUCUUCUAGGGAGUAAUCAAACUCUCUACAUGUCAUUGGAAAUUUUCCUAGCAAAGCAGCAACAAAUAAUGGGAGUUUAGAAGGCUUUUACUAUUAAGUUUGGUUUUGUAACAUUAUCAUUUCCGCUCUAGGAUCCUAUGUAGAUGCAUCAUCUAUUGGAUUAUAAUAGUGAUAUGAUUCAAUAUUGGAUUGUUUGUGUCAA